CAAGAACAGUCAUUAAUGGGCACAGGCAUUGUGGCGGCUGAGUUUGUUCAAACUCGGAAUUCAGAGGGAAGAUGGAAGCCCAAAGAAAUGCCUUCACCAAAGCCAGUGUGUCACGCAGCCCGACAACUCUGGUUGCAUCUCUUUCAGCAGGACUUCACGCUGUCGAAGGGGAAAGAGGCCCCCGCGGGGCAGAGCGACGAGAACUCGGAGCGCGGUAACUGGUCGAGCAAGACGGACUAUCUGCUCUCCAUGGUGGGCUACGCCGUGGGGCUGGGGAACGUGUGGCGGUUCCCGUACCUGACCUACCAGAACGGAGGGGGUGCCUUUCUAAUACCCUACACAACUAUGCUGGCGUUAGCUGGUUUACCUUUAUUUUUUUUGGAAUGUUCCUUGGGGCAGUUUGCCAGUUUGGGGCCAGUUUCUGUGUGGAGAAUAUUACCAAUUUUACAAGGCGUGGGAAUCACUAUGGUCAUCAUCACCGCCUUGGUGACGGUCUAUUACAAUGUUAUCAUUGCAUAUGCCCUCUACUAUUUGUUUGCCUCCUUCCAAAGUGUACUGCCGUGGUCAGACUGCUUUGCGUGGGCAGAUGAAAAUUGCAGCAAAACACCUGUAGUGAGUGAUUGCAAUACGACCUUAGCAGACGGGACAAUCAUUCACACAAACUACUCGUAUGUCUCCAGCAACAAUCUAACCUGUCUCAAUGGCACUUCAACGUAUAAACAAGUGCAACUUCCCAGUGAGCAGUACUGGAAUAAAGUGGCCCUUCGCCGCUCCAGCGGGCUGGACGAGACGGGUGAAAUUGUCUGGUACUUGGCCCUCUGCCUGCUUCUGUCCUGGCUGAUAGUCGGAGCUGCAUUAUUUAAAGGGAUAAAAUCUUCAGGAAAGGUGGUUUAUUUUACAGCUCUCUUUCCCUAUGUGGUCCUCGUGAUCCUGCUUGUCAGAGGUGCCACCUUGGAAGGGGCUCGGGACGGCAUUGACUAUUACAUUGGAACACAGUCUAAUAUCACAAAGCUGAUGGAGGGAGAGGUUUGGAAAGAUGCAGCUACUCAGAUAUUUUUCUCCCUGUCGGUGGCCUGGGGGGGCCUGGUCGCUCUCUCCUCUUACAAUAAGUUCCAUAACAACUGCUAUUCCGAUGCCAUUGCUGUUUGUUUAGUAAACUGCGUCACCAGCGUGUUUGCAGGAUUUGCGAUAUUCUCCGUUUUGGGACAUAUGGCUUUCCUGGCAGACAGACCCGUCUCUGAAGUUGUAGACUCAGGGUUUGAUUUGGCAUUUGUUGCCUAUCCAUCGGCUCUCUCCAAGUUACCAGUUGCCCCUCUUUGGUCCUUUUUAUUUUUCUUCAUGCUUUUACUGUUGGGGCUUGACUCUCAGUUUGCUUCCAUAGAAACAGUGACAACCACCAUACAAGAUAUAUACCCCAAGGUGAUGAAAAAGAUGAGGGUUCCUGUAACCCUGGGAUUGUGCAUGCUUCUGUUUUUUCUUGGUCUCCUCUGUGUCACUCAGGCAGGAAUUUACUGGGUUAACCUAGUGGAUCAUUUCUGUGCUGGAUGGGGGAUCCUUUUUGCAGCAGUCCUGGAAAUAAUAGGCAUUAGCUGGAUUUAUGGAGGAAACAGAUUUAUCCAAGACAUUGAAAUGAUGAUUGGAAAGAAGAGCUGGUGGUUCUGGCUGUGGUGGAGAGCAUGCUGGUUCUUCAUUACCCCUGUUCUCUUAUGUGUAAUUUUAUGCUGGUCUUUGGUCACAUUUUCACCUCCCAAGUAUGGCUCAGUCGAAUACCCUGCAUGGGGAUCUGCUGUGGGCUGGUGCAUGAUUGUCUUCUGCAUCAUCUGGAUUCCCAUUGUUGCAAUUGUAAAAAUAGUGAAAGCUCAAGGAAACCUGUGGCAGCGUAUUGUGAGCUGCUGCCGGCCAGCUGCUAACUGGGGUCCCUUCCUGGAAUGUCACCGAGGAGAAAGGUACAGCCACAUGGUAGAUCCUCACAAGGAAAGAGACCAGGAGAUCCCCACCGUGGAUGGCUUCGUGCACAAGCUGGAAUGAGACGUCUGCCCUGGGCUGCAUUAUUUUUUAACACAAAUGUAUUUUCUUUUUGUUUAAUGUUGGAAAAUAGUGAUCCAAAAUAUUGAAAGCCAUACUAUUUAUUGUUAGCUCUGCCUGUACAGGGAAGAGCAGGGCAUGAAGUAGAGAGGAAACCCUAAGCCCAUGGGCUGGGAGGGCAGGAAAAUACACUCCAGCCUCUCAGAGCAUAGGGACUGGGAGCAGUCUGUAGUGCAGCUGGCCUGCAGAUGCUGCUAUGGGAGGAUGUGCUGCACAGGGCUUGAGCCACGGGGCUCUGUGCUGGGCACGUACCAACAAGCCAGGAUCACGAGGCACCUCCCCGCGUGUUCUGUUUUCUGGAGCUGGCGCACAGCUCAGGCUGACGGCAUGCAGAAGGGCAGAUGGGUUGCUGCUCUCCGGCUCAGCAGCCCAGGGGAAGUGAAUAAUUGCUGCUGUCUGGGCCUUGUUCAGGCUUCUCAGGGCUUGGUGCUGAGAAAAACAUGUGUCUGUGUCAUUUAUGUCUCUCGACAUUGAGGGAUUACAAGCUGCCUUGCUGAUGAGGAUAGAAUGUGGCGAGACAAGUUCCCAUAGAGUUAUUGUUUCCAUGGGAAUUCCUCCGGGGUCACCUUUUGGUAUGGUGUAAAUACAGUCAACAUUCACUUGUCUGGUCCUCGCAACCGCAGCUUCCUUAGCACUGGCACUGCAGUAGAAACUUUCACCCUGCAGCUUUUGGUCCUUCUGUUCUUCCUGCACCACGCACGGCUUUACCCUUCCUUCCCUUUUCUGGAACCCACACUCAAGGCAAAGCUCCCACUGGGCAGGGGUGCCACACCAGGCCUGCAUGCUACUUAAGCCUUCAAAAUAGAGCACAAGUAGGACUUAAGUGUUGCCCAGACCUCGUGCUGGUGAUCUGCACAGGAGAGCAGAAUUUCACUCUGAGAGUAGGUUAUAAUUGCCAUUCAGCAUUUGCAAUGACACCAGCCUCAACCACCCAAAAUCAUGCGUGGGGACCCCCAAAAUCAUGGGAUUGGCUUAAACCAUGAGAGUUGGGUUCUUUUAUUUACCUUCUGGUGUUUGUGGCUUUAGGGUUCACAGUUUUCAGCUCUUCUUGGUAUUGAUGGGGCUAGAAACUUACUUUGCUUUUUAAAUGAAAGCUGAGAUUUGCACAUAAUCACAUGAUUCCAGGAGCAGUGUCUUUAAGAACAAACACCAAAUCUCGUGAGAUUUUGGAGCAUUGAAUUUGUUCAUUCAUUUGCUGCCAAAUAUGGAAUGGGUGGUCUGGCUAAGGGAUGCUGACUGCAGACAUUGCCGGAAAGCCCAGCCCCACACAGAAAUCAUAUUAAAUGAACAAUUAAAACUUUUGCCUGUAAAAUAGAGGAUUUCUAUUUUGCAUUAUUUAAAAAGUUGGGUGGGGUUUAUUUUUCCCUCAUGUUAAUUGUGAGGGGUGGUUUUUUUUUUUUUUUGUUUGUUUUUUUUUGAACAACAUGGCAGGGUUAUCAAGUACCGAUUCCGCUCAGUGGUAUCUUACUAAUUCUGGGCAUGGAGGGGGCCAGAUAGCUGAGUGCUGGCUGUGCUGUAUACACAGACCUACAUUUUGUACUGGCAUUUUUAUGAUAAAUUAACUAUCAUGUUACUGUUUUUAGCAAAUAAAAUGUAGAGUUUUUACAA